GCAGCGGACUCGCUCCCACAGUAUGGCCGGCGACAUUAGCUAGCGCUCGCUCUACUCUCUCUAACGGGGAAACAGCGGACUACAAGAGACUGAGCUGUAUCUGCCUCUAUUUCCAACAGACUCACGUUCAACUUUCGCUCACAAAAAAAAAAAAAAAAAAAAAAGCCGGGAAAAUUUUAUUAACCCUUUUUUUUAAAAAAGUUAAUAUAAAAUUAUAGCAAAAAAGGAACCUGAACUUUAGUAACACAGCUGGAACAAUCCGCAGCGGCGGCGGCAGCGGCGGGAGAAGAGAUUUAAUUUAGUUGAUUUUCUGUGGUUGUUGGUUGUUCGCUAGUCUCACGGUGAUGGAAGCUGCACAUUUUUUCGAAGGGACCGAGAAGCUGCUGGAGGUUUGGUUCUCCAGGCAGCAACCCGACGCAAACCAAGGAUCUGGGGAUCUUCGCACCAUCCCAAGAUCCGAGUGGGACAUACUUUUGAAGGAUGUGCAAUGUUCAAUCAUAAGUGUGACAAAAACUGACAAGCAGGAAGCUUAUGUACUCAGUGAGAGUAGCAUGUUUGUCUCCAAGAGACGUUUCAUUUUGAAGACAUGUGGUACCACCCUCUUGCUGAAAGCACUGGUUCCCCUGUUGAAACUUGCUAGGGAUUACAGUGGGUUUGACUCAAUUCAAAGCUUCUUUUAUUCUCGUAAGAAUUUCAUGAAGCCUUCUCACCAAGGGUACCCACACCGGAAUUUCCAGGAAGAAAUAGAGUUUCUUAAUGCAAUUUUCCCAAAUGGAGCAGCAUAUUGUAUGGGACGCAUGAAUUCUGAUUGUUGGUACUUGUAUACUUUGGAUUUCCCAGAGAGUCGGGUAAUCAAUCAGCCAGAUCAAACCCUGGAAAUUCUGAUGAGUGAGCUUGACCCAGCAGUUAUGGACCAGUUCUACAUGAAAGAUGGUGUUACUGCAAAGGAUGUCACUCGUGAGAGUGGAAUUCGUGACCUGAUACCAGGUUCUGUCAUUGAUGCCACACUGUUCAAUCCUUGUGGGUAUUCAAUGAAUGGAAUGAAAUCGGAUGGAACUUAUUGGACUAUUCACAUCACUCCAGAACCAGAAUUUUCUUAUGUUAGCUUUGAAACAAACUUAAGUCAGACCUCCUAUGAUGACCUGAUCAGGAAAGUUGUGGAAGUCUUCAAGCCAGGAAAAUUUGUGACCACCCUGUUUGUAAAUCAGAGUUCUAAAUGUCGCACAGUGCUUUCUUCGCCCCAGAAGAUUGAAGGUUUUAAACGUCUUGAUUGCCAGAGCGCUAUGUUCAAUGAUUACAAUUUUGUUUUUACCAGUUUUGCUAAGAAGCAGCAACAACAGCAGAGUUGAUUAAGAAAAAUGAAGAAAAAACGCAAAAAGAGAACACACAUAGAAGAAGGUGGUGGCUGCUUUUUAGAUAUUGAUACCAAGGGCCAUGCUUUCCAUAACCACCACCUUGUAGCUGCAGAAAGCCCUAGAUGUAAUGAUAGUGUAAUCAUUUUGAAUUGUAUGCAUUAUUAUAUCAAGGAGUUAGAUAUCUUGCAUGAAUGCUCUCUUCUGUGUUUAGGUAUCCUAUGCCACUCUUGCUGUGAAAUUGAAGUGCAUGUAGAAAAAACCUUUUACUAUAUGAAACUUUACAACACUUGUGAAAACAACUCAAUUUGGUUUAUGCACAGUGUAAUAUUUCUCCAGGUAUCAUCCAAAAUUCCCCACAGACAAGGCUUUCGUCCUCAUUAGGUGUUGGCCUCAGCCUAGCCAUCUGGGACUGUUCUAUUAAAUUGCUACCAGGAUUUUGCAUCCAGUUACCUCCACUUUCUAGAACAUAUUCUCUACUAAUGUUAUUGAAACCAAUUUCUACUUCAUACAGAUGUUUUUGCAGCACCAAUCAAAGUUCUUCUUCCACGAGUCGAGUCCUCUACGAAAAUGACUGCAGUUAUCCAUUUUGUGUAUUACUAUCUCACUGCUUCCUAUACUUGUGUGACUUUAAUUGAUUCAUUCCUCACCAUGGUGUCUCCCUCCCAACCACACCCCCUCCAUAAAGCAAUACACUGUUACACUGUGGGUUUACACUAACCUUAUACCCCAGAGGGGGAAUGGGGGGGUGGACCCUGGGCUUAAUUUUCUUUUAAGGUCAAGGGAGUUUGGCAUUUUUCGUUACCAUGAGCUCUUUUGAAAUAAGCUGGUGUUGAUUAGCAAAGAAGGUGUAGAUUGAUACUAGGGAAUACUGGCAGAACUGUAUGGAACCUGUAUGCCACUCUGUGCCCCCCAUUAAAUGAGAUUAGCUUCUCAUGGGUACCAUGCCUUUAUUAACUUGCUAAGUAGUAGUAUAAAAGAAUUAUCACUAAAUUUGUUAGCAAGGAGAUUUAAGAUAAAGGUUGUGUUGGAUUCAACAAGUCAAGUCAGCUCAGAUGAUUCACCUCAACUUUUACUUUCAUAGCCAUUUCCACUAAUUUCUAUUAAUGAUAUGCCAUAAACUUUCAUUCAAAGCAGAAUCGAUGUCUUUGCCAUCUUUGUGACUUAAAAAGUUCUGUGACUUUGUGAUGCAUGUGAUAGCGUUCUGACGGUUCCUCUUACUGGUAUUUCUUUCACCAUGGAGUAACAUCAAGUGAUGAAUGAGAAGUGUUCAGGUGAUUCAGACAUACUACACAGUGAAGCAGAGUGCUAUCCAUAAAAUAUAACAUACAAAAUUCCAAAAUGGUCAGUGGGAAAUGACUAGAAAUACAGGCUUAAAAGAGUUUGGAUCUUUUAGCUGUAUUUGCUAAUACGGACAUUUAUUUAAGCAGCUGAGAAAAGAGCAAAGUUGACUCAAUUUUGUAUUUCUUCUUGUCCUCAAACAAUUUUUGAUUCUUUCUGGAUUGAGGCAGUGAUGUUUUUGUUCCUUCCGUAUUUAUAAAUGAAACACUUUUUUUUAGUGUUUCUAAACAUAAAUUCUACUUGGUUUGAAAUCAAGUUGUUGGAACACUUUUGACUUUUAAACAUGUUGUUGAUUCAGAGCUUCAUUGAAGAAGCUUUCAAUCAAUGGAUCAGUCCAAUUCUGUAAUUAGCGCCCAGUACCUAAUGUUUUGGUGCUAUUAUGAGGACCAAUGCUCAAAGUGUAUUUUGUUCUUGAACAGUGUCCCAGUAGAUUUGAUGAACAUUUAUUGGCUUGAGGUCUGAUUCCCCCCCCCAUUCCCCCCAAUAGAUUUAAGAUUUCUAUUUAAUGUUGAGAAACUGCACAAAUUUGUAUGGAACAAAGCCUAGAAAAAUGAAGACUAUAGAUUGAAUAGUAAUCUAAAUUAAUCCUAGUGUGUAUGAUAGAGGAGGGAGAAUCUUGGUGCCAUGAUUUCUCUCUUCAUGGUGUUGGACUUAAAUCAGUUGAAAUGUAUUUCUGUACCACAAUUUAAGCUUCAAUAAAGGUUUGCUUAAUUCA